ACGAGAAGCAAAGAUGAGCCGACUGUUUCUGAUUCUACUGUUCGUGUACGUUGUUUCGGCAACGCGGUGCAUCGUUAAGAACGACAAGGACGAGCCAGAGGUUCACGUGAUCCGCUUAGGAGAUCGCAGUGGAGAGUCAGACGAGUCGGACGUAGUCGCAGUGCAGAUCUCGGACGACCGGCGCAAACGGGAAACGCAUGAAAAUUGCAAGAAGGACAGCGAUUGUGCCAAGGGACAGGUCUGCGUUCUGUAUUUAGGCUGCAUUAAGGGCCAUCGAAAAGGCCGUUCCUUAGAAAAUCUGACGAACACGAAUCAACCGGUUCACGUCGACUAAUUCCACGAUGGGCCUUUGAAUCUGCCACCAAUAUAUUUACGUAGUAAAUUCUUGUACGCUAUGCACUAUCCACAAUAAUAAAGCAACUGGCACUCACGAGUGUAAAUA